AUGAAUGAAUUUUAUUGUAUUUUAUUGUUACUCUUAAACUGGUUAAUAGCAACAACAUCUACAAUAUUAGAUAUUAGAUUUCCUCAAGAUACACAUGAUUUUAUUCUUGUUCCAUCAUCUUUCGCUGAUAUUGAGGAAAAAUUAUCAAAUAUUACUAUCAAACACAUAUGUGAAAAUGAAAAUUUAAUAAUUAAUUGUGAAAAUAUGUCUAUUAUUCAAAUAAUUCGUACAAAUUAUGGUCGAACAUCUCAACAAAUUUGUAAUGAUAAUCAUCGUUUAAUAAUUAGAAAACCAUGUUUUAAUAUCGAACAGUCAAAGAGAGAGACUCGAAAAAUGUGUCAUGGACAACAAACAUGUCAAAUUUAUGCAACAAAUGAUUAUUUCAUUGAUCCAUGUGGUCAAGAAAUAUCAAAACAUUUUGAAGUUCAUUAUCGAUGUAUUAAACAUGAUGAAAUUUGUCCAAAAUUAUUUUUAAAUUGUUCAAAAACCCGUGAUAUUAAAUGUGUACAAAAAAUUGAAGAAAAUUUUCCAUGUAAAUGUCCAUCAACAAUUUGUCAUUUUACUAAUAUGGGCAUUAUUAAUGGUUUUAUUGAUAAUCUUUUUGAACAAAAUUGUCCAUCCAAUUUACUACAAGGAUAUUAUUGGCCAAAAACACGAAUAAAAACAGAAAUUAGUUUAGAUUGUGAACGUCCUUGUACAGGUGAAGUAUAUCGUUUUUGUGGAUUGAAUAAUUCAAUAAAAUGGGAUAAUCCAGAUUAUUCGAAAUGUCAAUGUCCAUUUGAACACUAUUCUUUUGCUAAUAUGUUCGUCAUGCAGAAACAAUCUUCACAUCGUUCUUCUAGCAAUUGUUUAAUAACAGCAUUUAAUAACAUGUUGAGAUAUUGCAAUGAAUUUAAUUCUACAACAUUUGGAAUUGAAUUCAAAAAUUUAGGAUUUGAAAUUCAAAUUCGUCCUUCUACAUUUGAACGUUUUCGUUUACCAAAUAAUAUUUAUUCGUUAGAUAAAAAUGCGUUUGGCUCAAGUUAUAUCAUAUUUGAUAGAUCUGAUAUUAGUUCUCUCGAUAAUGAAUAUCCAACACAAAUGUUAUCCAUACUUCUUAUUGAUUCAUUUAAAAUUGAUAAUUCUAUUCGAUCAUUUAUUGUUGUUGAACAAUCUUCAAUUACUCCUAAUAUUCAAAUACAAAGUGCCAAUGUUACUGUCAUAUUUAAACAUAUGUCUUUAAAAACAAAAUUUCAAUGUCGUGCAUAUCAAUCAAAUUCCAUUGAAUAUUUAUCAUUAACAGAUUUUUACUUUUCUUGUAAAUUACUUUGUUCAAAUGGUUCUCAUGUUAUAUGUCAAUGUCCAUAUUUUAAUACGAUAAUGCAAUACAAUUUACAUGAGAUUGAAACAGAGUCUUCAAUAAAUAAUAAUGAUAUAAAACUAAAUGAUCAUGAUAUCGAUAUAUUAGAAAGUAAUUUAUGGGAUAAAUGUCAUAUAGAUUAUUUGAAUUCAAAUCAAACAAAAUAUGGUACAAUUCAAUCAAUUUUGGAUGCAUCAUCCAAAAUUGAUAUUUAUAUGAAACAAUUUUCAAUUGAUAAUUUAAAAAAAUUUGAUAAAUUUAACAAUAUGGUAUCGAAUAUUAUAAAUUAUAUGGAUACAAUUAUUGAUAGUAAAACAGCAUGGAUAAAUCAAAAUCAAUCAUCAAAAUGGAGUGUAGCUACAAAAUUAGUAUCUCAAAUUGAUUAUAUGGGAAUAAAUAUGGUUAAUUCAUUAUCUAAUCGUGAAACGAUUAUACAAAAUAUUAAAAAACAUAUUGAAUUAACUGUACAAUUAAAACGUAAAAAUGAUAUUAGAAAUACAAUGGAAUUUCAUAGUAAAGAUAAAUUUGCUCAUAUAUCAUUACCAAAAGAAAAUAUUGAAAAAAUCGAAACUUAUAUGUUUAAAUCAAUAUUUUUUGUAUUAUCAAAUAUGGAUAAAUAUUUAAAUUUUGAAUCAAAUUUAAAAUUACAAAGUAAAAUUGUUAGUUUAACAAUUAAUUCACCAUCUGAUCAUCAUUUACAAUUAGCACAAGAUGUUAAAAUUACAUUUCGUCAUUUAAAUUUCUUCAAUAGUACUAAGCAACCAGUUUGCGUAUUUUUGGAUUAUAAUCUAAAUGGAACAUAUGCUCGUUGGAACAAUGACGGAUGUGUAGUUCAAACAACAAAUCUAAGUCAUACAAUAUGUUCGUGUAGUCAUUUAACGGCAUUUGCUGUUUUAAUUGAUUUUUAUAAUAUUUUUGAUCAAUUUAUAUUUUUAUUUGGAAUCGAACAAACAGACACAAAGAUAACAUGUCGUACUAUAGCAAUGUUAAUGCAUUAUUUUCUAUUAUCAAGUUUUUGUUGGAUGUUUGUUGACGGUAUUGAACUUUUAUUAGCUUUACGACACGUAUUUAAAAUUGAAAAAUCACGAGUUAUGGUCUACUAUUUAUACUCAUACGGUGUUCCAUUGAUUAUUGUUAUGAUAUCAUCAGUAUUUUUUAUACAAGGAUAUGGAACAACAAAAUAUUGUUGGUUGGCGCAAGACCAUGGCUUCAUUUGGGCGUUUGGUGCACCAUUUUUGAUACUUAUUGCUACAAAUAUUGUAUUUUUUAUUAUAUCAAUGUGUACCAUUUGUAAACAUUUAGAAAAUGAAAAACAAGCUAAAAGAUCAAGAAUAUCGUUACGUGAUUUGGCCACAUUAUCAAUACUAUUCGGUUUGACAUGGAUAUUUGGACUAUUUUUUGUUCAUAAACGAACACUAUUAUUUGCCUAUAUAUUCACAAUACUCAAUUCAUUUCAAGGUUUACUCAUAUUUGUUUUCUACUGUUUACUUCGUCCACGUAUAAAGAAGCUCUAUUGUGAUCUUGCUUUCAAAUUGUGUCCGAAUUUAUCCAAUUUUUGUGUUCAACAUAAGUUGAAUGGAAGAAAUACGUCAAGUCAAUCGUGGCUUCGAAAAUUAUUAUCAAAUCAAUCACAGUGUGUAAAUUCGGCAACAAAUCAAGCAAAAGUUAAUCAGCAAAAUUCAAAUGGAAUAAAACAUUUUUCCCUAAAUGGUGAUAAUUUAAGCAGCGGAUAUGGUUCGGCAAAUUCAGCUGAUUUAAAACACACAUCUGUGUCAGAUACAACAUCAACAUUGAAAAAUUCAAAAUUAUUAUCAGCAUUCGAUCGAGAUUCAACCACGGACUUUAAUACAGACUAUGCAAAUAAUAUUGCAAAUGAACCGACGUAUAAUAGCGUUUGUAAUGAUGAUGUUGAUAAACAAUUAUUUCAAUCGUCAAAAUUUAAUUUAAAAUCAACCGAUUUUGAUCAUUCAAAUUAUCUACCUAGUAUACCAUUGACAAUGUCAAACAUAAGCCAUAAAACUGUUGGACUAACUACAUUUCACAAAUAUCAACAAAAUCAUCAACAAUCAUCAACAUCAUCAAACGUUUUACUCUAUCGUCAAAAUUUAAUUAACAAUCAUAAUAUAAGAUUAUUUGAAAAAAUUUAUUCGUCAAAUAUGACGGAUAAUACACUAAACGAAUUUCGAACAUUUCUACCACAUAUUCAGUCAACAGCUCAUAAUGAUAUUUCAACAGAUAUAGAUGAACAAAAUAGACCGUUAGUUCAACAUGCUGAAGAUCAUCAAUACUAUGAAAUUGGAGAUGAACAAAUACUAUCAGCUAGUCAUAAUUAA